UAAAUAAACCUUAAAGUUUAAAUCUAUAUCUUAAACCCUAAACUCAAACCCUAUAUCCUAAACCCAAAUCAUAGACUCUAAACUCAAACCAUAUAUCCAAACCUAAUCCCUAGAUUCUAAACUCAAAUCGUAAACCCUGAACCCAAAUCAUAUAUCCUAAAGGUUUGGCUUAAUAUUGAUGUUGUUUUUUUAGAGUUUAAGAUUUGGGUUUAGAAAAUAAAAACAUCUUGUUAAAAGAUGAAAGAAGGCGAAAGUAAGGCGAUUUGGAAACGGUUAUUCCUCAGACUUUGCACUGUUAUUUCGGUAACGGUUAUUGAUGUUUUCGACGGCGGACGACGGUUUAUUGCCCACUCCCCGACGGUUAUCCCCACGAUGGCAACUACACAUCGUGAUGCACUAAUGUAUUGGAGUUAUUCUCUGGAACUCUAUAUAUGGCAAUAUAGAAUCAGUCGAUUCUUUCACACACUCAAUACUAUCUUGAGCAAAUUUCUAUUGCAAAAGUACAGAAGAUUGAUAACAAUGGCGGAUAACCUUCACCGCAAUUUACAAGAGUUAGAUUUGGGUGUGGAAGAUGAACCAGUAGCGCUACCUCUGGAUGUGGUCAACCAAGCAGCAGCAGAGAACCGUUUCAUCAUCAUUGGGCGUCCUGUAAUUCCAAGGCGUCAAAACAUUCGUGCGAUCAUUGCGGCUUUACCACGACAGUGGGGACAUGCAGGGUUGGUUCAUGGAAGAAUUGUUGAAGGAAGGCGGUUCCAGUUUGUGUUUCCAUCCGAGGAAUCAAUGGAGAAUGUCCUCAGGAGAGGUCCCUGGGCGUUUGCUGAUCGGAUGCUCAUAAUGCAAAGGUGGUCUCCUCUGUUUAACCCUUUGAUGUUGAACUUUAUUCCCCUCUGGAUCCAGAUACGGGGAAUACCGCUCCAGUACAUAAACCAAGACGUAAUCAUGCAUAUAGGACGCGCGAUGGGGCAAUACAUGGAUGUGGAUUACAAUGCUGAGACGGCAGUUCGAGUGGAGUAUGCUCGUGUCAGAGUUAACUGGGAUGUUGAUCUCCCACUUCGGUUCCAGAAGAACUUCCAGUUCACUCCAGGAGUCAACACUCUCCUCAAAUUCCGCUAUGAGAGGUUAAGGGGUUUCUGCGAGGUAUGUGGAAUGCUCACGCAUGAUUCGGGUAGUUGCUUGAUCCAAAAUGGUGGAAUGGAUCAUGACUCUGAGGAUGAUGAUGAUGAUGAAGAUGAUAAUGAGGAACCACUACUUGUUCCUCUGGCGGAACAAGGAGUUCAGAUUCAUGAAAUCCAUGAGAUGAAUGAGGAGAACAACAAUGAGGAGAAUGAAGUACCCAAUGGGGUAGAGUAUCAGGUGAUGGAAGAUGAUGAAGAAUACAAUGCGGAGCCGUUGAGAGACAUGUUUUCAGGAGAACAGGAGUCCAGUGAGCUUUCCAAUCCGGUUCCAAUCUACUCUAACUCCACAGGAGACAGUGCAGGGGAUAAUGCACGUCAAGGCAAGAGAAUCAUGGAGGAACCAGAUGAGAGUUCAAUGCAAGCGUUAUAUGAUACCAUUCCCCCACGAUCCAAGUCUCAGCAGGCACGAAAGAGGAAAGCAGAAGCAUCGUUGAUGGAAGAAGGUCUCCUCAAAUGUCCAGCUUUGGAGAGAGGUGAAUCUAGCGGUAAUGACACAACAACUGAUCAAGUGAGAGGCGCGGUGGGCCCUAAUCCACCAGCUUCACCAUGAAUACAACCGUUUGGAACUGUCAGGGUUUGGGUGUAGACCCUACAGUUCGACGCCUCAAGGAAAUACAACGGAAGUAUUUCCCGGACAUACUAUGCCUGCUGGAAACAAAACAAAAGGAUGACUAUGUGCGAAAUGUGGUCUGUGAUCUAGGUUAUGACCGUCAUGUAACUGUUCCACCACAAGGUAUGAGUGGUGGAAUUGCUGUGUUAUGGAAGAAGUAUGUAUCUGUUUCAGUUCUGUUUCAAUCUCCAAAUCUUGUAGACUGCUUUGUUGAAAUGAAUGAUGUUUCCUACUAUCUCUCAUUUGUUUAUGGUUACCCUGAACCCUCUAUGCGACAUCAACUAUGGGAACGUUUGGAGAGAAUGGCUACUACACAGACAGAGCCUUGGCUGAUAAUGGGUGACUUUAAUGAAAUCAGGGGUAAUGAGGAGAAACAAGGGGGACCAGCACGACCAGAAAGAUCGUUUGUUGAUUUUCGAAGAAUGAUUGCAACAUGUGACUUUCGUGAUCUGAAAGCAACAGGAAAUAAAUUCUCUUGGUAUGGGAAGCGACAUAAUUAUGAUAUACGUUGCUGCCUCGAUAGAAGCAUGGCUAACUCAAACUGGUUAGCUCAGUUUCCAACGGCGCAAACAGAAUUUCUUGCGUUUGAAGCUUCUGAUCAUCGACCUUUGGUGACAACAAUCUCACAGACGACUAACCGGCCGGUGAAAUUGUUUAGAUAUGAUAAACGAAUGUUCAGAGAGGAGAGUUUCCAAGAUGAAGUUAAAACUACUUGGACGGAGCAGAGAUCAGGCACAUCUAUUCAGAAUAUACUUAAAGCUUGCAGAGGUUCGGUUUCCCGGUGGAAGAGGAAACAUACGUUUAAUGCAGUCAUCCGCAUUGCUCAUUUAAAAGAAGAACUUGACUUCGCAAUGUCUUAUGGAAGCCACUCAACUAAUGAGAUACGACAGAUACGGAAAGAACUAUCACAAGCUUAUAGUGAUGAGGAAGAAUUUUGGAGGUUAAAAAGUCGAAAUCAAUGGUUGGAGUCUGGAGAUAGAAAUACACUAUUCUUCUAUGCGUGUACCAAAACAAGGGUGGCUCGAAACAGAAUAAUGGCAAUAGAGGAUGAGAAUUGAAUGGUGCAACGAGGUGAUGUGGCUAUUGGUCAAGCCGCAGAGGAUUACUUCAGGAAUCUAUUUACAACAACAAGAGACGCAGAAUUUACAUAUGAUGGCGUUUUUAACCAUUUUAAUAGAAGAGUCACAAGGGAGAUGAAUGAGGACCUCACUAGGCCAGUUACAGAAGAGGAAGUUAGAAAAGCUGUUUUCAGUAUUGGUCCAAACAAAGCCCCGGGACCGGAUGGCUUUACUGGUGCGUUUUACAGACAAUUCUGGCCAACCAUUAAAGAUCAGAUCACUCAAGAAGUUCAGCAGUUCUUUGAUAAUGGUAUUCUAGACCCUCAGAUCAAUAAAACCAAUCUAUGCUUAAUUCCGAAGAUAGAGGUUCCAAGAGCUAUGGGUGAUUUUAGACCGAUAUCGCUUUGUAAUGUAAGUUACAAAAUCAUCUCCAAAAUACUUGUUGGUCGAUUGAAGCAGCACCUGCCAGACAUAAUAGUUGAGAACCAAGUUGCCUUCAUCCCUGGUAGAAACAUUAUUGACAAUGUCAUUAUUGCUCAUGAAAUGUUGCACUCUUUAAAGAGUAGGAAGAGAUGGGCGAAGUCUUACAUGGCAGUCAAGACAGAUAUCUCGAAGGCGUAUGAUCGUUUAGUAUGGAAAUUCUUGGAGGAUACAAUGAUCGGGAUGGGUUUUGAUGCAAAAUGGAUCGGAUGGAUAAUGACGUGUGUCAGUACAGUAAGCUUCUCAGCAUUGAUCAAUGGAUCUCCAACAGGAAACAUUACCCCACAGAGAGGAAUACGCCAAGGUGAUCCCCUUUCUCCUUAUCUUUUCAUCAUUUGCAGUGAAGUACUAAGCCAUUUACUGUUGAGGGCUACUGCGGAGACAAAACUGAAAGGAAUGAAGAUAAGCACAUAUGGGCCAACUAUAAAUCACCUAUUGUUUGCUGAUGACGCCUUGUUCUUCUGCCAUGCUCACCCACGGUCAUGCAAGACUAUACAGAGGAUACUAGAAAUGUAUGAAAAGGCUUCUGGACAAGCGGUCAAUUUAUCUAAAUCAGCUAUUACAUUUGGCUCCAGAGUUUCAGAUACUAUGAAGACAAGACUCCGCACAAUCCUUAACAUACAUAACGAUGGAGGAUGUGGCAAGUAUUUGGGUCUACCAGAAGUUAUACGACGGAAAAAGAAAGAGAUAUUUAAUUUUAUCUUGGAGAAGAUAAAAAAAAAGAACAAAAGGGUGGUCAAAUAAAUAUCUAUCUGAGGCAGGGAAAGAAAUUCUACUUAAAACAAUAGCAUCUGCUAUUUCGGUUUAUCCAAUGAAUGUUUUCAAGCUUCCUAAAGGAGUAUGUGAAGAAAUAGAGAAACUAUUUGCUGAAUAUUGGUGGAGUAAGGGAACAGGGAGACGAUCGAUGCACUGGAUGAGUUGGAAGAGAGUGAGUGUUCCAAAGAAAGAAGGUGGGCUAGGUUUUCGUGAUAUUGAGAAUUUUAACUUGGCUUUACUUGCCAAACAAGUAUGGAGGAUUGGCCAAACACCAACAAGUCUACUUGCAAGAGUUCUGCGUGGUCGAUAUCAUCAGGAUACAUCUAUUCUCAAUGCAAGGGUUGGAAAUAAACCCUCAUUUAUAUGGCGAUCGCUAAUGGAAGGAAAGGAACUCCUUAAAUCAGGAUUGAGGGUUCAAAUUGGUAAUGGUGAAGAGACUCUAAUCUGGAGGGACGCCUGGCUACCCACUCAUCCACCUAGAGCUCCAAGAGGUUUUGAUAAUAUAGUAAAUGACUAUCACACAGUUCAUUCACUAUUUCGCCCGGGUACAAGACAAUGGAAUGUCGAACUAUUAGAGCGAAUUAUGGUACCAGAGGAUGUGGAGUUAGUAAAACACAUUGUGUUAAGCCAAUAUGGAGGACAAGAUUUGCUGGGUUGGAACUACACUGAAGAUGGUAUGUAUACGGUUAAGUCAGGUUACUGGUUGAGCAUGCAUAGCCAAGAUCAACAAGUUUUACCACCAAGAGGAUCAACUGGAAUUAAAGCUGCUCUAUGGAAGUUAAAUACUGCUCCGAAACUCAAACAUUUUUUAUGGAGAAUUCUAUCAGAGGCAAUGCCUGUGGGAUCAAUCCUAAAACGAAGACGUGUCUCUCAAGAUAGUGUGUGUAGAAGAUGUUGUGUGUUAGAUGAAGAUAUGGAACAUCUCUUCUUCAAAUGCCCGUAUACUCAAGCACUUUGGAGAGGGGCAAAUCUACCAGACCGUACGUUUACUGAUAAUAGUAUCAGUUUUGAAGAGAAGUUAAAGGCUAUUGUAUCCUCGAUCAAUAAUAAGGCGCUUAACCCUAUAGAUAGGCAACAGUCUUUGUGGAUCCUCUGGCGCAUCUGGAAAAGCAGAAACCUGUUAGUUUAUGGACAGAAACAGACUGAUUGGAAAGUAGACCUCAAACAAGCUCAACAUGAAGCACGUGAAUGGACUCAGGUGUUGUAUUCAACUGAAAGCAACAGCAAUACAACCCAGAGGCUAAGUGGGAGACACAAACAAUCAAUGUGGGAGAGACCUCCUUGUGAUUAUGUGAAGAUUAAUUAUGAUGGGAGUAGGAGACAAAAUAUGUCAACAGGAGGGUGGAUAUUCAGAGAUGCUCAAGGAUUUUUCCUAGGUGGAGGCCAGGGUAAACAAUCAGUUAAUGGAGAUGGAAGUCUGGAGACAGAAUUACAAGCUCUUCUUAUGGCAAUGCAACAUACGUGGACAAAAGGUUACCGUAAAGUUAUUUUUGAAGGUGACAACAAACAGGUUCAGGAGCUACUAACAACGUCCAAGAGGAAUUUCCACAUGCAUAAUUGGAUUCUGGAAAUCAAAGGGUGGAAGGAGAAAUUUGAAGAUGCAGAAUUUAGAUGGAUUCCAAGGGAAGAUAAUAAAGCUGUAGAUCAUUUAGCUAAACAAUUUCAUAAUUCUCAAGUUUCUUUCAACUCUAUAUUCUAUGUACCUGUAUCAAUAACUCAAAUCCUCCAUGAGGAUAUUUCUUCGUCAUUAUAAUAAAGUUGCAAGUUGGAAAAAAAAAAA